AUGCCUUCGCUGGAACCGCAGAAUGCUCGAAUGAAAUUCACUGCCAAUAAACAACUUACCACUCAAGCUCUUAAGUUACUUCAAUGGAACUGCCGUGGAAUAAGGAGCAAAUUACCUCAAUUACAAGCCAUCUCUGCUGACUUCGAUAUUAUAUGCUUACAAGAGUCGCUUUUACACAAUUCAUCCAAUUUUACUUUAAGAGGAUUUAACCUUAUUCGUCAAGAUAUUACUGAGCCUGGCCAAUGUGGCGUAUGCGUUUUCGUCAGGAAUAACUUAGUUUUUAAUAUUUUAGAUCUAUCCAACUCCAUCUUCAAUGACAAUUCUGUGGAAAUACUUGGUGUGGAACUGUUCUCCGAACGUGAGAGCAUCUGUAUCAUCAGUAUAUAUCGACACCCCAACUGCGACACGCCGAUGCAAUUUUAUGACAGCCUUAUGGGAUAUAUUACUGCAAGAGGCAACUGCGUUUUGAUGGGGGAUUUCAACGCUCAUCACUCUCAUUGGGGAUGCUCUACCUCGGAUCGAGCGGGUAAUCGCAUUUUGGCAGCUUGUGAGAAUGCCUCUAUUUGCAUACUUAGCGACCUUCGACCCUCGCUUCUUCUACCCCCUUCUUCGGGACAUUCAGUCAUCGAUUUGAUUCUGAUUACUCCGAAUAUUGCACCUUUGUGCGAGGUUUCUACAGAGAUUGAUACUUGGAGUAGCGACCACUUCCCCAUCAGGGUUGAGGUCGGUAUUAAUCCGUCUCAACGCAAGCGUUUUGCUUAUAAAUUAAACCUUAAUAAUCAGGAAUUGAAGAACUUUGCUGUUGCUUUGGAUGACUCUUUUGCUUCCUUUGCUAAAGAUCUACCUCCGGACUCCCGUGAAGCUUACUCGAGUUUAUCGGAACAUAAGAUAAUUAAGACUGCGGUUUCAUGUUCCUCUUGUCCCCAUAAGAAAGCAUCUCCUGGUACCGUAGUGAUCAAAAGCGAAAAGGUUGCGCCGCCCUGGUGGUCAAAUAAAUGCCAGGAAGCUGUUGAUGCCCGCAGAGAGGCUGCAAAGACUUGGCAAAGUAAUCCGCUAGUUGAAAAUUUUUAUGCCUAUAAGAGAGAGAGGGCUAAGUGCUCAAAAAUCCUUUAUAGAGAGAAGAGGAAGAGUUGGAGAACGUUUGUGGGUACUUUUAACUGCAAAACUCCUACCACUACACUAUGGUCGCUGGUGAAGGCUUUUAAAUGA